AUGCGGGGAGCAUCUCCCGGCAGCGCAAGUUCUGUCGCACUGAACAAGGCAAAGGCCAGCGGCGUCGGCAGCCACUUUGAAUCGCGGUCUGGUGGUUCGAGUGGUACAACCAAUCUCAAAGGAGAGAACACAACAUGUUCGUCGAGCGAGCAUCACGUAAAGGCAGCUGCGAUCGCGGCGCACAACUACAGACCCGGUGGAGGAGCUUAUACAGAGUUUCUCAAAGAUGAGGAGGUUCUGGAGAAGUGUUUGAGCAUGUGGGAGCAUUCCGACCGCACUUCCUGCCAGAAUCGAGCUUCGACUCUUAUGAAACAUUUGGAAGACAAUGCUAAAGGGAUGACCAUUAAUGCAGAGCCGACAUUUGUGCCAACCUCCAACCGCAAGAAGAUUCAAUCCAGCUUCUGGGAAGAGCUCCUUGAAAAGUGUGUGAAGGAGCAUGGAAGUUUCACGCAAAAGUGCGAUAUCCAAAGGCAAAGGGUGUAUGAGUGCUUUGGCUCUUAUUAUGACGGUGGUAUUAUUGCUUAG